AUGGCCGAAACUACGCUUCUCGUCAUGGCCUCCGGCAACGGGUCCAACUUGCAGGCCAUUCUCGACGCCUGUGCCGAUGGGCGGAUCCCCAAUACCCGCGUCUCCAAAGUCAUCGUCAACCGCAAGACGGCCUACGCUACCAAGCGCGCCGAGUUGGCUGGUGUGCCCUCUGAGUACUUCAACCUCGUCAACAAGGGCUACCACGCCGCCGGCGAGAAGGACGCCGACAAGGUCAGCGAGGCUCGGGCUCGUUAUGACGCCGACCUGGGCAAUAAGAUUGCUGCCGAAAAGCCGCACAUGGUUGUCCUCGCUGGCUGGAUGCACGUCUUCACCAAGGCCUUCCUUGACCCUCUCCAGGCUGUUGGCAUUCCCGUCAUCAACCUCCAUCCCGCCCUGCCAGGCAAGUACGACGGUGCAGGCGCCAUUUCCCGUGCUCAUGCCGAUUGCCAGGCUGGCACCCUAGAGAAUGGCCGGACUGGCGUCAUGGUGCACUAUGUUAUCGCUGAGGUCGACAGGGGAGCGCCUAUCCUCGUUCAUGAAGUUGAGUGCUCCAAGUCUGACUCCCUCGAGGAUUUGGAGACAAGAAUCCACUCUAUCGAGCAUGACUUGCUUGUCCGUGCUGUUGCUCAGUUAGUCCAGUCGGGUACUCUUCAAAAGACGUUGUGA